GCCAGGGUGAAAGGUCGGCGCGCCGGCGCCACUCCCAACAUGGCGGCGGCCGGGGCAGCGGCGCGCCGCCCGGGAGCCGGAGCGCGGCGCCCGGCCCCGCCUCGGGCCGCGCCGCUGCCGCGAGUGUUGGUGCUGCUGGCGGCGGUGGCGGGGCCGGGCCCGGGCGGCGCGGCGCGGCUGUACCACGCGGGCGAGGACGCCGUGUGGGUGCUGGACAGCGGCAGCGUGCGCGGCGCCACGGCCAACAGCUCGGCCGCGUGGCUGCUGCAGUUCUACUCCUCGUGGUGCGGCCACUGCAUCGGCUACGCGCCCACCUGGCGGGCGCUGGCCGCGGACGUGCGAGACUGGGCCGCUGCCAUCCGAGUCGCAGCUCUGGAUUGUGCAGAAGACAAGAACCAGGAAGUGUGCCGAGCCUACGACAUCCACUUCUACCCCACCUUCAGGUACUUUAAAGCUUUUACAAAGGAUUUUACAACUGGAGAAAGUUUUAAAGGACAUGACAGGGAGCUGCAGACAGUCAGACACACGAUGAUUGACUUCCUGCAGAACCACACAGAAGGCACCCGGCCUCCCGCCUGCCCACCUCUUGACCCAAUUCAGCCCAGUGAUGUCCCGUCCCUCUUGGACAGCCACGGUGGCCGAUAUGUGGCCAUCAUGUUUGAAAGCAACGGCUCCUAUGUUGGACGAGAGGUGACCCUGGACUUGAUCCCAUAUGAAAACAUCAUGGUGAGCAGGGCACUGGAUGGGGACAAGGUGUUUCUGCAGUCACUGGGUGUUUCUUCAGUUCCUUCCUGUUACUUGAUUUACCCAAAUGGAUCUCAAGGAGUAAUUAAUGUAGCAAAGCCUCUUCGGUCGUUUUUCUCCUCUUAUUUGAAGUCAUUGCCAGGUGUGAAGAAAAGAUCUCUUUCCUUGCCUGAAAAACCAAGCACAGAAGGACACUCAGAGGUGGUAGUUUGGAGAGAAUUUGACAGGGCCAAGCUGUACAUGGCAGACCUGGAAUCCGGGCUGCACUAUCUACUGAGAGUGGAGCUGGCCAGCCACAGGUCCCUGGCUGGAGUGGAGCUGAAGACCCUCAGAGACUUUGUGACCAUUGUGGCCAAGCUGUUCCCUGGCCGACCUCCUAUCAGGAAGCUGUUGGAGAUGCUGCAGGAGUGGCUGACCACCCUGCCUCUGGACAGGAUCCCCUACAAUGCCGUCCUUGACCUGGUCAACAACAAGAUGCGGAUAUCCGGAGUCUUUCUCACCAGCCAUGUAAAGUGGGUGGGAUGCCAAGGCAGCAGACCUGAGCUGAGGGGCUACCCCUGCUCCCUCUGGAAGCUCUUCCACACUCUGACAGUUGAGGCCUCGACCCACCCAGAAGCACUGCUGGGCACAGGCCUUGAGGACGACCCGGGGGCUGUGCUGCAGACCGUGAGGAGGUACAUCCACACUUUCUUUGGGUGCAGAGAGUGUGGCGAGCACUUUGAGGCAAUGGCCAAAGAGUCUCUGGACACAGUGAAGACACUCGACCAAGCCGUCCUCUGGCUGUGGAGGAAGCACAAUGCCGUCAACAGCCGCCUGGCAGGCCAUCUGAGUGAGGACCCCAAGUUCCCAAAGGUGCCGUGGCCCACCCCAGAGCUCUGCCCAGACUGCCACGAGGAGAUUAAGGGCCUGGACAGCUGGAACGAGGGCCACGUGCUCCUGUUCCUGAAGCGGCACUACGGCCGUGACAACCUUGUGGACACGUAUGCUGCAGACCUGGGCGAUGGCGGCGACGGGGCAACCGCGGGCAGGGCCCGGGCGGAGGGCGGGGGACUCGGUCCCCCGGGGAAGCCUCGGGGAGCCCAGGAUGACCCAAGUCUCCAUCCACUCCAUGUCCUGGACCCCAGAACGGACCUGCUGGAGAGCUUGCACCACCGGCUGGACCUGAGACUCGGGAGUCCCCAGGGGCCUGGGGCCCGGGAGGAGGCUGAGGCCGAGGUGCCUCUCCUCGGGGUUGGCUUCUCCAGCCUGGACAUGAGCUUGUGCGUGGUGCUGUACGUGGCCUCUUCCCUGUUCCUGAUGCUCAUGUACUUCUUCUUCCGCGUGAGGUCCAAGCGAUGGAAAGUCCGCCUCUACCACCCGGCUGUAUAGAGCCCUCCUGUCCAGCUCUACCACCCGGCUGUGGAGAGGCCUCCUGUCCAGCUCUACCGUCCAGCUGUAUAGAGCUCUCCCAUCCGGUUCUACCACACAGCGGUGGAGAGGCCUCCCACCCGGCGCUACCACCCAGUUGUGGAGAGGUGUCCUGGGCAGCCUUGGCAGCGCUCCCACAGUGCUAUCAUUUGUGAUCAGGGAUUUUGUAAACAUGCCAGACUUGGCCCUUCAGAGUGCAGGCGGCCCUGGUGGAAACACUUGCCUUGCUGGCCCCUUGUGCUUUCCCAACUCGUGUCAAAAGACAUCCGUGUGUUCACUGUCCUAAGUUGGAGCAGGCAGGUCUGCUCAGGGCCUUCCCUGCACUCUAUCCUGCCUGUCAGGCCCAUCCGAGGGACACAGCGAAUGGAAGUGCAGUAACCUUCCCCCACAUCCCACACCUCCAGCCUGGAAGCGGCCUGGGGUCUGUGCAUCUAGGCCAAGGCUGUGCCUGCAGGCAGCAGAGCCCAAACGUUUCUACCACCCGGUGCCCUGCGGGGUGCUCACUCUGUGCACAGGCCCCCAAGCAGGAACGGGGUAGUGAGUGGUGUGGCUUUACUUUCUCUCAAGGAGUGACCAGGGCUGUCAAGUAGUGGCUGGUUUGGAGGGGCAGGGUGGUGGCAGUGCCUUUUAAUUGUUUACUGUUGACAAGGGACUGAGGGAUAGCCCAGUCUGGCCACUCUGGAGGCAGUGUGGGCCAGCUGGAAGGUGAGUGACCAUAGCGUCAGGGGAGGGGUAAUGAGAACUGGUCCACUCGGGGGUGGGGGGCGAGCAGGAGGCCUGUAGGAGCCUUUGUCUUGUAUCCCUCAUCUCACACAGAAGAAAGCACCAGCAGCGGCUAGGUAUACAGGGCCCAGUGGGAAGGAUGAGGACCUGGCAUGGCUUCAAACCCCAGGACUCCUUGAACUGAAGCUGUUGAGAAGGGUCCCACGCAAGCCAGGCUCUUUGCAGGCCUCAGGGAUGACUUAACCAUUCCACAAUUUAAACUCACUUUUUGUAAAAUUAAAACCACCCAUUGGCAUGCAGUUUCAGGAGCAUUCCUGCUGAGAUCCUUUGUGGCCAUUGGUUUGUUUCACAAGCGUCCUUCUAUUUAGAUGAAAUUAGACCAAUGCCUUUGUGUGUGCGUGUGUGCAUGCACAGGAGUGACUAGAAGAGCUGUAAAUACUCUUUCCACUUAGCCUAUUGUGAUUAUGUAUGGUAAAUGGUCCCUGAGGACCCUGUAAUGUGGCUGUGGCCUGAGAAGGGCAGACAGCUGUCCCCUGGGGCUGUCCUUAGCCAGCCUCCAUUUUGUGGGAGGCAUGGAUUUGGAGGCCUGACUCUUCCCAGGGCAGGAAUAGCCUCGCUGCCUUGGCUCCACCACCUUGAGCUCCUGCUUCUCCUGGGCCAUGAAGGACCUUUUCGUUUGAUGCUUUUUAACCUCUGAAAUCCUGUUUUUUAAAAAAAAUGAACCUGUCUUUGGCUGGUCAUGUGCCUAGGUUACUAAAGAUGCUGGCCCAUCUGACAGGUCCUCACAUCUCCAAGGAAGCUCUGAACCCUCUGUCUACCUCUGUGGAUGCCUUCUCCACCAAAGGAGGUGUCUUCAGUGGGCAAGGCGGGGCUCCUGCAGUGCAUUCUCCAGUCUGACCUUCAUGGAGACCCAUGUUCGGCAGCGCUGGCUUUCAGCUUCUCUCCUGCAGAACUAGAGGCUGCUUCCUGAGGAUGAGCUUCCCCAGGCAAAUCUGGGGAGAGUGGCUGCCAUGAUGUGUGGGGCCAGCCUGCAAGGGAUCAGGACUCAGAUGUCUACAUUACCUGCUCAGAUCAGUGGUGCCACCUUUAGUCAAGGUGUAAGCCUUUGUGUGUGUGUGAGAUAUACUGGUGGGUCACGUCAGUAAUCCUAGCUACUCAGGAGGCUGAGAUCCCA